UAAAGCCUUCUCACGAUGCCCGCUCUAGUUAUUGAAAGAGGGGAGGAUUUAUGUUGCAAACUGAGAGGGAAAAGCAAGGAGCUGAAGCGGGCUCUGCCUUCUGGGCGAGGCCGGGUGAUCGGAGGUCGGCGCCCGGGAGGACCCGCCUACCUCGGAGGGGCACCAGCCGGGCGGGCGGGCAGCCUUUCCCCGCAGCCGAGGGGCGACGGCGUGAAGAGCAUGCCGGGGGCCGCUUUCCCGUCGCCGUUGGCUGCCUGCGUCUGCACGGCGGUGGCUCUCGCCCUGGCAGUCGCCACGGCUUGGCGCUGGCGGCGCCGUCGAAGCUCCGGGCUGCGCUGGAAGCAAGUGGGGAGGGUGUCGGGUCUCUUCAUCUACCCGGUCAAAUCCUGCCGCGGGCUGGCCGUGGAGGAGGCCGAGGUGACCAGGUUGGGGCUGCGGAGGGGAGACCUGGGCGACAGGUGUUGGACUGUGAUAAAAGAAGAUGGGAAUAUGUUAUCUGCUAAGCAGGAGCCUCGUUUGGUGCUCAUUUCGGUAACUUGUAAAGAUGGGUGUUUAACUCUGAACGCUCCAGAAAUGGAGCCACUGAAAAUUCCUGUUGAACUCCCUAGAACAAAUUCAGUCUGGAAUUGCAGACGGUUUGGAAUCCAGGCUGAAGGCAGGGAUUGUGGAGAGGAAGCAUCUCGAUGGAUCAACACCUUUCUGAACUCAGAGUGUUACAGGCUGGCCCAUUAUGAACCCAACAUGGUGACAAGGAAGCCAAGAGAUUUCCUGCCUUAUUUUCAACCUACAGAUGAGGUUGCUUAUGCUGAAGGCAGUCCUACUCUGAUAAUCUCUGAAGCUUCCUUGGAGGAUUUGAAUACCAGGCUAGAAAAGAAAGUUACAAUAACAAACUUUCGCCCAAACAUUCUUGUUACAGGUUGUAAUCCUUAUGAGGAAGAUACCUGGGGUGAAAUAUUAAUUGGCAAUGUUCAGCUGAAAGGAAGAAUGUCUUGUCCUAGAUGCAUUUUCACAACAAUUGAUCCAGAUACUGGGAUUAAGGAUCAGAAGGAACCACUGAAAACACUAAAAAGUUACCGAGAGUGUGAUCCUUCUGAACAACAUGCCUUUAGAUCUAGUCCUCCCUUUGGAUGGCUGUAUGGCGUUGAAGAGACUGGAAUAUUGAAAGUUGGAGACCCUGUGUACAAGAUAUUCCAGUGAUGGAGACAUCUGUGCAGCAAAACAUACUUGUCGAUAUUCUGCAAAAAGAGCUUCUGCACAUAUUUUGCUGGGAUAUCCUCGUUGCAUUUGGUGACUGGGAGAACUUCCAAUGAAGUCUUGAAUUAAAUGUUAUAAAGUGAGCUGGACAGAAGGACAUACCUGGACAAUAAAUGUGCCUUUACCGUUUCAAACCUCGGUUGUUAAAUAUUUUCCUGAGCAGGGAAACUUUACUUUUUUUACACUUUAAUUCCUAGAUUCCUUCAGCCUGCAUGGACACUCGGAAAGUAUUUUUUCCGAGCUCAAAAAAGCUGUCAGCUUUCCAUCUUACAAAUCUUCCAAGAGAAAAAUUAUUGUGAAAAUAAUUUGAAUUUCAGUAUAAAAUUAAGAGUUGAUUU